UCACGACCGGGGGCGGCGGCGGGGAGGGAAACCAGUGGCGACGCCGCCAGACACCAACGCCACCACCUCCUCUGUGUCCAUGAUGGACUCGGUGUUGGAAGAGGACGUCACUCUCCCCGGGAUACGCAGCGGCUGCAGUGGCCUUGUUCCCAAUGUACCAGAUGACCCGGAUGACAUCGGCCCCAUUGCUGGUUUGGGAAAUGGUGUGCUCCCACAUGUGUCGGAAGAAACGGUGUCUCCCACCAGAGCCCGGAACAUGAAGGACUUUGAAAACCAAAUCACCGAACUGAAGAAAGAAAACUUUAACCUAAAGCUCCGCAUCUAUUUCCUCGAGGAAAGGAUGCAGCAGGAAUUUGGUGGCCCCACUGAACACGUCUACAAAACUAACAUCGAGCUCAAGGUGGAAGUAGAGAGUCUGAAGCGGGAGCUCCAGGAGAGAGAGCGGCUGCUCAUCAAAGCCUCCAAAGCAGUUGAGAGCCUCGCCGGAGGAGGUCGCUCUGAAAUUCAGCGGGUGAAGGAAGAUGCUCAGAAGAAGGUGCGGCAGGUCGAAGAGCUCCUAACCAAGAGAAUACUCCUUUUAGAAGAGGAUGUGAAAGCCGCCCAAGCAGAGCUGGAAAAGGCCUUUGCUGGAACAGAAACAGAGAAGGCUCUUCGGUUAAGCUUGGAAAACAAGCUUUCAGAGAUGAAGAAGAUGCACGAGGGGGAUCUGGAGACGGCUCUGGUCCUGGAAGAGAAGGACAGACUGAUUGAGGAGUUGAAGCUGUCUUUGAAGAGCAAAGAAGCUUUAAUUCAGUGCCUGAAAGAGGAGAAAUCUCGGAUGGCAUCUCCAGAUGAAAACGUGUCAUCUGGAGAGCUCCGAGGACUUUCUGCUGCUCUGAGGGGAGACGAGGAGAGAGAGACCGAGGCUGCACAAAUGGAGGAGGAGAAGGAGAGAAAUCGCUUUGAAGAGAGGAUCCAGGCUCUUCAGAAGGACCUGAGAGAGAAGGAAAGAGAAAUUGCUACGGAAAAGAAAAAUAGUUUAAAGAGGGAUAAAGCCAUUCAGGGUCUAACCAUGGCACUAAAGUCGAAGGAAAAAGAGAUUGAAGAACUUAACUCUGAAAUUGAAGAGCUCAAUGCUGCCUUUGCUAAAGCCCGAGAGGCCCCCCAGAAAGCACAGACCCAGAAAUUCCAGGGGUCUGAAGAUUACGAGGCUGCUCUGUUAGAAAAGUCAGCCCUUUUGGCUGAGCUGCGCUCAGAAAACCUCACCAAGAGCACAGAGAACCACAGACUGCGUAGGAGCAUUAAGAGAGUCAGCCGGGAGCUGAGCGACCUGCAGCAGGAGAGGGAGAGACUGGAGAAGGAGCUGGGGGCAGCCCACCGAGAGAGGAGCAAGGGAGACCGCAUCACCCACGACCUUAGAAAUGAAGUUGAGAAAUUACGCAAUGAAGUGAAUGAAAGAGAGAAAGCAGUGGAGAAUCGUUACAAGAGUCUUUUGGAUGAAAGUAAUAAAAAAUUGCACAGUCCAGAGCAAGUGAUCAGAAGUCUAACAGAAAAUGCCAGUCAGAAGGACUUGUUGCUUCAGAAAUUCAAUGAAAAAGACUUGGAAGCAAUACAGCAGAACCGUUAUUUAAUGACUGCGGGGGAUCUCGAGUUCAGGAGUGAAGACUUAAUAACAGAAAAGUGCUCUUCUCAGUCACCAGGCGGCAAAAGCAUCUUCUCCGAGGAAAAACAACAAUUAGGCUAUGAAGAGCUGAUUCAGGUCUUAAAGAAAGAGCAGGACAUCUAUACACAUCUGGUAAAAUCUCUGCAGGACUCAGACAGUGUCAGCAACCUGCAGGCUGAGUUGAACAGCAUCUAUGCCCUGCGGAAGCGGCUGGAGCGGGAUGUGCUCUCCUAUCAGAACCUGCAGAAGGCCCUGGAGGAGCAGAUCAGUGAAAUCCGGCGGCGGGAAGAAGAACCAUUUUCAUUUUAUAGUGAUCAAACAUCUUAUCUGAGUAUUUGCCUUGAAGAGCACAAUCGGUUUCAAGUGGAACAUUUUUCUCAAGAAGAGCUUAAGGAAAAGGUCGCUGACCUUAUCCAGCUGGUGAAGGAGCUGUACGCGGACAACCAGCACCUGAAGAAAACUAUUUUUGAUCUCUCCUGCAUGGGUUUCCCGGGAGAGGACAGGCCUGAGUCAGUAGAUCAGAUGGAGCUUCUGGCUAGCAAGGAGGACGAGGACUCGAGCAGAAGUGGAGAGGAUGACAAGAAUAAUCUGCUGAGUGGCGAGUGUCUGGAUCAGAGGAACAAGAUUAUGGAGGUCAAUUCCAAAGGGGGCUGCAAAAAUGGAUAUUUAAGGCACACAGAUUCCAAUAUUUUAGACUCCGACGGAGCCCACAAAUCCGGCUGCCCCGGAGACCAGAGUCUGGAAGAAGGCGAACUCCUGAGCCUGCUUGCCCCGCUCUUCAGCGAGAAGGCCAUAUGGUUACUGGAAUCCAGGCCGGACCUUCUGAAGGUUCUCCGAGAACUGCUUCUGGAACAGACAUGCUUGAGAGAGCAGGAAGCUUCGGGAGAACACCUUGACGGGAAAACGGAGAAGACACUUAGGCAGAUGGCCGUUCAGCUAAGAGGUGAACUCGGACGUUUCAUCCAAGCCAACUUGUCUUCCAAGCCACGUGAUGAACUCAAGUGGCCUCCGGGAGCCCAGCUAGCAAAGGUGGCGGAGGCGUCCAAGGUGGAACAGAAAGAUGCCUCCGUGCAGACCAUGGCUGUGGAGGGCGACACAGUCAGAUUCAGACAUGUGGGCACGAGAGAGCCUUGGGAAGAGAAACCAACAGACGCCGUAUUCAGUGCCGAGCAUCAGCCGGAGAACUUGUGCAGGAUGCCAGGGCGGCAGGCCGCUGCUCCCUCCUUCCCCAGGGGGACCGAAAAACAUGUGAAGAAGUCCCGCUUGCCCAUCCUGAUAAAAGCAUCGCAGUCACUGGGGAGUGUGUGCCGGCUCCCUGCCCCCCAGGAGGUGGUGGCCCAGCAGCAGGGGGAGCUGAAGGAGUUUAAAAUUCCCAGCAAGCAAUGUCACCAGAAGUUAAUUCUGGCUGAAGCAGUGAUGGAGGGGAGGCCAGCACCAGACAAAGCGCUCCUGAAAGCCCAGCCCCACAUGGGAGCAGCCUACCAGGACAGCCUGGGAGAGCAAGAAGGACUCAAAGCCACGCCCUGUGUCUGGAGAGACAAGGAAAGGGACAAGGAUCAACAGGCCAGCUGCGAGACCGACUCCGAAAUUUACCAGCCUGAUGACCUUGCCAUCUUUCCACCAUGCGAAGAGAAUACUUCUGAAGAUUUUCCAGGCCCCACUUCCGUAGCUACAUACUUGAGUCCUAAGAGUCCGUUUUCCGCUAAAGUCACUGUGGUUGAGACUGAUCAGCUGGAGAACGGCGAUACCUCAAAUGAUAAAGAAACCUUAAAACGGAAAAUCUGUGACUUGGAAACCGAGCUCGAGGUCUACCGGAACUUCAUAAUGCAGCUUCAAAAGCACUCCCAGUUCAGUGAGGCCAUCAUCACAGUUUUGUGCGGGAGAGAAGGGGCCCAGGACGGCUUGAACAAGUCCAAGGGCAGUACCGAUGAAGAAGAAAUGACCUUUUCAGGUUUGCACCAAGUACGUUAUGUGAAACACAUGAAAAUCCUCCACGCGCUGGCCCCAGAGAUGAUUGACGGCAGGGCGCUGGAGAGCCUCAGACUGCAGCUGGUGGACCAGGAAUAUGAGCUGCAGAAGGAGAAGAAUUUGAACAUGGAACUUUUCGGUGAAAUCCAUAACCUGCAGAAUAAGUUCAGAGAUCUCUCACCCUCAAGAUAUGAUUCAUUAGUUCAGGCCCAAGCCAGGGAGCUCUCCCUUCAACGACAGCAGAUUAAGGACAGCCACGGCAUCUGUGUCGUUUAUCGUCGGCACAUGAACGCCAUGAUCAAGGCCUUUGAGGAGCUGCUGCAGGCCAGCGACGUGGAUUGCCGUGUGGCCGAGGGUUUCCAGGAGCAGCUGAAUCAGUGUGCAGAGCUGCUGAAGCAGUUGGAAAAUCUGUUUCUCAAGGGAAAUUCAGUUGAAGUGGAAACGAACACCCAGAAAGAACUGAGAGAGAGGAUUGAGGAAGACAACUUAAGCUACCAACACAUUCUCCCCGAGUCUCCUGUGCCCUCAGCCUCACGCGCGCCGUCCGACUGUCACAUGCUGUCCGACUGUGAAGUGUCCGAGAAGUCCUCCUUCUCACGAGACCAGAAGCAAGACAGCGAGACCGAGACGACUUCGGUCCUGGCAAACAACGUUUCUCAAGACUUACUAAUGGAACAUAUACAAGAAAUUCGAAGCUUGAGAAAACGUUUAGAAGAAUCUAUUAAAACAAAUGAGAAGCUACGGAGACAGCUGGAGCGACAAGGCUCUGAAAUUGACCAAGGUUCUUCAAACAUUUUUGCUUAUGGUUCAGAGCUACAUAAUUCUCUGACAUCAGAAAUACGUUUCCUGAGGAAGCAGAACGAGGCCCUCAAUACAAUGCUCGCUAAAGGAUCCAGAGAUAAACAGAAGGAGAAUGAGAAAUUGCGCGAGUCCCUCUCCAGGAAGACCGCCGGCCUGGAGCACCUUCAGCGGGAGUUCGCCUGUGUGAGGGCGGAGAAGGACAGACUGCAGAGGGAGGUGGACGAGAAGGAGAGUCAGAACCAGCGGCUGCUCCGGGAGGUCUGCCACGGCCGCAGCGAGCUGAACAGGGUGCAGGAGGAGGCGAACGUGAGGCGGCAGCUGCUCGCACAGAACGACAAGCUACUGCAGUCCCUCCGGGUGGAGCUGAAGGUGUACGAGAAGCUGGAUGAAGAGCACAGGAGGCCGCGAGAGACCAGGGCAGAGGCAACGGGAGAAGGCUGGAGGGGGCAGGACCCUUUCGGCCACCUGCAUGGCCUCCUGACAGAGAUCCAGGCUCUGCGGGCGCAGCUGGAAAGGAGCAUCGAAGCCAACAGCACGCUGCAGAGCAGGCUGGAGGAGCAGCUGGCACAGGGCGGGGAGAAGGCCCAGGAGGCAGAUCUCACUUCGGCUCUCCAGACCCUGUCUGUCCCCGAGCGGCCCCAGCAGCUGGACAAGCCCGAUGGUGACAAGUAUCCCGUGGCAGCUGACAAUUCAUAUGAUCUGUUUGAUUCCACCCCAGCAGUGUCACCAAGAUCAGCUUCAGAGACUCCUCCACUCUCUGGAAACGACAUGGACACCCUCUCCUGCGACAGUGGCAGCUCGAUCACCAGCGCCUCACAUGUGUCCCGCCUGGUCCCUGGCCACAGCCUUUGGGCCAGCAAGAGUGGCUGCCACGUCCUGGGCCUGAUUGAGGACUACGAUGCCUUGUGCGAGCAGAUUGGCCGGGGCCAGAAGCUCCUUGCCGAGCUGGACAUUCAGAUCCAGGAGGCUCCCAGCCCCAUGAGUCCAGAGCUGGCAACAAAGCAUCCACACUCGGCGCCCCUGAGCAGCUUCGUCACCGAUGUCGGCGCGGCCAGGCUGACCCUGGAUGAGGCCUCGAGGUUACUGACGCUCCUCUGGAGGGUCUCACUGCCCACCAGUGGCCAGUGCACGCUCCACUGUGAACAGACUGGAGAGUUGAAGGCAGAGAUCAGCAGACUACACAAAAAAUUCUUUGAACAAGAAAAGAAGUUGCAAAACACCAUGAAGCUGUUGCAGCUGAGCAAGAACCAGGAGAAAGUCAUCUUUGAUCAGUUGGUUGUUACGCACAAAAUCCUUCGGAAGGCCAGAGGAAACCUGGAGGCCCGGGAGUGCCCAUCCUGGAACGUCCAGUCCCAGCAGGCCAGGCUCCUGAGGAGAACUUUCAGCCAAUAAAGCUUGUGGUUCCC